GUCCACCGGAGUUCAUGGCGCUGAGGCAAGAGAUCUGGAAGUUGCUAGGGUUGUGGUGACUGAAGGAGGAGUUGGUAGGGAAUCUGCUCACCAGACAGGGGUCACCGUGGUCGUUGAGGAACUUGGGCACCAAGAUGGUGUAAGCGNCGAUCUGGAAGUUGCUAGGGUUGUGGUGACUGAAGGAGGAGUUGGUAGGGAAUGUGCUAACCAGACAGGGGUCACCGUGGUCGUUGAGGAACUUGGGCACCAAGAUGCUAAAGAUCUUAUCGACGCACAGAAUGUGCAAGCAAUUUUGGGACCCCGCUCCUGGGAAGAAGCAAAAAUAGUUGCAGAGGUGGGUACUCAAUCCCGCGUAUCUACUCUCUCUUUUGCUGAUUUUCCUCCUUCGGCAACGAACCGGUGGCCCUUCCUCAUUCAAGCCUCCUCGCCCAGCCAACGUAUACAAACGAAAGCUCUGGCCGCCAUUUUUCAGUCUUGGGGAUGGCGGAGAGUCAUUGUGACAUAUGAAGUCAUUGAAUCCGUUGCCAAUGGAAUUAUCCCUCAUCUCUAUGAUUCUCUACGAGAAACAGGUGCAGAAAUAAGCAAUUUUACGGUCCUCUCACCUUUUAUUACUUCGUCCUCACUGGCUAAAGAGCUUGAGAGGCUUAAGGAAGAGCAAUGCAGAGUAAAGAAGAUGGGUAUGAUGGAAAAGGAUUACGUAUGCAUCACUACAGACACCACCACAAAUCUUGUUCAUUCUUUGAAUUUAUCCACAAUCUUCUCCAUGCAAGGCGUUCUAGGAAUCAAGAGCUAUUUUCCUGAGUCAGAGACACAUUUUCAAGAUUUCCACAGAAGAUUUCGUGACAAGUUUGGCUUGGAUUAUCCGGAAGAAAAAAACCAUGACCCUGGAAUUUUCGCGGUCCAAGCGUACGAUGCUACGUGGGCAGUCGCUUUUGCAGUACAUGGAGGCAGCAUUAAUGGCCAGAAUUUGUAA